UGUACGAACAAUUUCAACACAGUCAGAAUCUACAUCUACAUCUACAUCUUUCACCCAACCGUCGAUUUCCGACUAUCACUGGGCGGCGCUGUCAGAGAAACAGUUGUUAAAGAACUGAUAUGUUACAAUGUUAAAAGAAUAAAAGCUAAAAAAAGACAGUAUGCUACAGUUAAAAUGGGACAGAGGCAACAGAAUUACAUACUGACCACCGCCAGCCUCUCUCUAAAGAUACUGAGACUGGGGCUAGAUUUAACAUGAGUUGGUAGGGAGUUCCAGAGUCGGAUGGUCCUAGGGAAGUAGGAGUUAGAAAAGUACUGAGUGUGAGACAUGGGGAUUAAGUAAGUUGGAUGUAUCAUCUUGUGAUAUUUUAAAACUGAAUAGAUUUACAACAGGAAGAAAGAAACAGAAAAUUUUAACAUGCUGCAAAACAUGCAAUUGAGUUUGACAUGGCUAUGACAAACACUUGAUACCAACACGAAAUCUCACAAACCAGAGAGGAAGUUACUUCAAACCAGUUUUAAGAAAAAGAAGAAUUACAGUAUGCUAAAGCAAAAUGUUGUUCAUACAGGAGACCAAAGUUUUAUGCACGAAAUUUGUAACGAGACUUUUAGCCUGUCUCCUACCUUAACUGUCCACCAGCACAAUAAUACAGGGGAGCGUCUUUUUGAAUGUGAAGUUUGUUUUAAAACAUUCGGUCAGUCUUCAAACUUAAAAAGUCACAAGCGAAUUCAUACAGGAGAACGUCCCUUUAAAUGUGAAAUUUGUAGCCAGACAUUUGGGCAAAAAUCAACCUUGAAGAGGCAUCAGCGUAUACAUACCAAAGAUCAAUCCUUCAUUUGUGAAAUUUGUAAGAAGGAAUUUGCUCGUUUUACUGCCUUAAAAAACCACCAGCGUGUUCAUACAGGAGAUGGUCAUUUUGUAUGUGAAAUAUGUAGCAAGACAUUCCACCGAUCCGACACUUUUAAGCGCCAUAAACGUAUUCACACUGGAGAGCGUCCCUUCUUGUGCGAAAUUUGUAAGAAGACAUUCAGGGUAGCUGAAAACUUGAAAAGUCAUCAACGUACUCAUCAAGAAGACCGACCUUUUGUUUGUGGCACAUGUAACAAGACAUUUAGAAUGUUGGCACACUUGAGGGGACACCAGCUUACUCACACUGGUGAUAGACCUUUCGCCUGUGAAAUUUGUAAGAAGUCAUUUAGCCGAGCUUCAGGUUUGAAGAGUCAUCAGCUGGUUCAUACAAGAGAUCGUCCUUAUACAUGUGAAAUUUGUAAAAAGACAUUCAGCAUAGCUUCAAACUUGAAGAACCAUUUGCUUAUUCAUACAGGAGAUCGUCCUUUCACAUGCAAUAUUUGUAAUAAAGCAUUUAGACAGCUGGCUACUUUGAAGACCCAUGAGCGUGUUCAUACUGGGGAUAGACCUUUCCCGUGUGAAACUUGUAGGAAGUCAUUCAAACAAGCUGCAGCUUUGAAAAGCCAUCAACUUAUUCAUACAGGAGAAAGACCUUUCAUGUGUGAAAUUUGUAAGAAAACCUUCCGCCAAUCUGCAACCUUAAAGAUUCACCAGCAGGUUCAUGCAAAAGAUCCUCCUGUCAAGCAUGUCAAGUAUGUUGGGGACAUUAAGCCUGUCUUGCAUCUUUAACAGGGGUGUGGAAAUCCCAAUAUUUUUCACUUAUCCAUUGACAAAUGAGACUUAAAAAUCUACUUGUCUGCAAUCGAAACUUACUUGCCCAGAUUUUCAACAUUUAAGUAUGCAAAUAAUUCUUUAUUUUGG